AUGGACCAGGAUACAGAAGUAAAGAUUUGUGAUCGGUGCUUGCCAGCAGAAAGCGGGACACCGACCCUUGUCAAGUACCCUAAUGGUAAAGAGUGCAAACUAUGCACGUUCCCGUUCGAUUCAUACUCAUACAAACUCAAGCAUAACUCUUUCCAAACGAUAUGCUGCGCAAGAUGCGCAAAUAAAAACAGUAUCUGUCAGGUAUGCCUUAACGAUUUUGAAUACGGUAUUCCAAUGCAUCUCAGAAACUCAAUGAAACAGAUUAUGAACCAGGAAGCCGAUACUAUCAUACCGAAGAACGACAUGAUGAAGAGAUUCGUCGGUUUAAGUUCCAAGAAAGUUGCACCACUAGACCUAGAUAAGCUCAGGAAAGAAGCAGACACCAUUCGGAAAUGGAAGGUUCGUGAGUUGCCGUUCCAUAGUAAUAUCAAUACCAGCAAAGAUAUUCUCUUCUUGUAUAAUAUCGAUCAAAAACAAACAGAAUCCCAGAUAGCAUCGUUCCUAAUAACUGCCUCUAAUAACAAUCUAGAGCGUGAAAAUAUUGUACUAAAACUUAAUAAGAGUCUCAAAGUUGGUACCGUAACGUUCAAACACGACGCUGAACUCUGGACACAGAAACUCGUUUCCCUACUACCGAAGUUCAAAGUUGGGGAAUCAUUGGAAAAGAGCUACUUGGAUUUGCCUAGUGGAAGAGUGUUCAUCACAUCGUACCUGCUUCACAACGACGAAAACGAACCGGUUGACAUAACAAGGAUCAACGUGGAGCAUGCGUAUAGUAGUCUGGUACAAAAAAUUAUUCUCAAAGAUGCUGCGUCAAUCUCGGGCGAAAUUAAAGACAAGACAAGAAAACUUAAAAAGGGUGCAAAAAAAACCCUACGUGUUCGCCAGAAACUAGAUUUGUGA